AUGACUCUUAAUACCCCUUCGCUGUCAUCCGGAACUGUUGCGGAUGAUACAGCCAUGGAAUCACCACAAUCAAACAGUGCCUUCUACCAACGAGUGUCAAAUAUUUUCGGUCGCCCCCAGAUUGAUGCUAAAGAUCUUCUUAGCUAUAAAUAUGUAGGAAACGGUACGGAAGAAUCCCCAUAUCAUAUCACAUUCCUCCCCAACGACCCUCAAAACGCCAUGACAUUCCCUCGGUGGAAAAAAUGGUCUUUUACCGGCCUUCAAGCUCUCGCUACUCUCGCUACGACGUUUGCCAGUUCUGCAUACUCGGGAGGAAUGAAGCAAGUCAUCCAAUACUUCAGCGUGUCACAAGAGGUUGCCACGCUCGGUAUAUCUUUAUACGUUCUUGGCUUUGCACUGGGACCCCUUGUCUGGGCCCCUCUUUCCGAAGAAUAUGGUCGACGACGAAUAUUCUUCUUCAGCUUUAUGGCAGCAACGGCGUUCAGCGCCGGGGCUGCCGGGGUGGAGUCAAUCUCGGCAUUGCUGGUCCUUCGGUUCCUAACCGGAUCGGUCGGGUCGGCACCACUUUCUAACGCACCAGCUAUUAUCGCUGAUAUGUUUGACAAGUCAGAGCGUGGUAUGGCAAUGUGUAUGUUCUCAGGGGCACCAUUUCUCGGACCUGCUAUUGUUAUGACUGACCGGUCAGGGCCCAUCGCAGGCGGCUUUUUGGCCCAGACCGAGGGCUGGCGCUGGCUCCAUGGAGCAAUGGCUAUAUUCACUGGCACCAUAUGGAUCGUUGCAGCAUUUCUUAUUCCAGAGACAUAUGCACCAUAUAUCCUCAGGCAGCGAAGUAAAAGACUAUCCAGAGCUACAGGCAAAGUAUACAUCUCAGGUUAUGAUGCAGAUAAACCAGCAAGGUCCGCAACUCACCACCUCAAAGCGACUUUAACGAGACCUUGGGUACUUCUGUUCAAAGAGCCUAUUGUUUUGAUCACCUCUAUCUACAUUUCGAUUAUUUAUGGCACCAUGUAUAUGUGCUUUGCAGCAUUCCCCAUCGUCUUCCAGAACGGAAGAGGUUGGAAUCAAGGUGUUGGUGGACUUGCGUUUAGUGGAAUCGUUGUCGGGGUUAUACUGGCCAUCUUGACCUUUGUCUUCGAAGACGAGCGCUAUGCCCGAGCAACUCGAAACAGAGGUGCGCCCUUGGAGCCCGAAGAUAGGUUACCACCCGCAAUGGUGGGUUCUAUUCUCAUUCCUAUGGGCCUAUUUUGGUUUGCGUGGACUAGCUUUGAAAGCGUUCACUGGAUUGUUCCAAUAAUUGGUACUGUCUUCUUCGCUUGGGGUCUCGUGUUGGUCUUCAUGGCAUUACUGAAUUACCUUAUUGAUUCAUAUGUUGUUUUUGCUGCGUCCGUCAUGGCAGCCAACUCGGCUCUUCGAUCCCUGUUCGGCGCUGCCUUUCCAUUGUUCACAAAACAGAUGUACCAGAAUCUUGGCAUUCACUGGGCUAGUUCCAUACCGGCAUUCCUCGCAUUGGCCUGUGUACCUUUUCCGUUCUUAUUCUUCAAGUAUGGGCAACAAAUACGGAUGAAAUGCGAAUAUGCGGCUGAAGCGGUCAACGUUCUCGAGAAGAUGAGGACACGGGAUAUUGCAGUUACUGAAGAAGAUGCUAUGGAAGAGGCUGAGGAGAUGUGGAGGGCUAGUAGACACAACAGUCACGCCAGUGGAGCAUAA